AUGGACGCCAGCGAAGUCGGACGCUAUGGCACUCUCAAACUUAUGAAACGUAACGACCCUAGUGCGGUAGCAGCGGUGUUUCCUAUCGACGAAGAGGAGAUUACUUUCGGACGAGAUGUCAAAUGCGACGUGAGACUGUACUACGACUCUGUGAGCGCGGUGCAUUGUAAGGUUAUGUUCCAGGAGCGAAAGGCAUUCCUUGUGGUGCUCGGUACAAACGGAGUCUGGGUGGACGACUCACCCGUAUACCCUUCGUCCAACCCCGCGUCUCCGGCUACCAUCCCUUUAUCGACGAACUCGAAGAUCGAAAUCCACAAGAAACUAUUCAUAUUCCAGUACCCGCCGAAGGAGCUUCGCCCGAUCCUCAUUGCCACCCCAGCCCGCCCAGGCAAAGUCCGCAUGAGCAUGAUCCACAGCGCACAGGUAUUCACCCCGAGGCCGAGCGACGACCCAAGAGAGAACCUGAGGCUGCUGCAAAGCCCCGUCAAGUCUCCAGUCAAGGGCGAAGAAAUCGUGCUCGUGGACGGCAACCACCCGCGGGUCACGCAGGAAGAGAACGAUCUCGUUAUCCUCGAAGAUGUGCCCCAAAUCCCCCGCCCUGCUCCGGUGCUCAGCACGCCGUCGAAGCCACCCGUGUUCCCGCCAAGGACCCCUGUGUACCGGACUCCGCGGCCAGCGCGUCCGCCCCGGCCGUCGCUGCACCGCGCGGUCCUCAUACGCUCGGCACAGCGCACGGCCCUCAGGGUGGAGAUCGAGCGAGAGACGGAAGAGGAGAAGGAGGUGGAGGAGGUCGUGGCUGGUAUCCUGGAGGACGACGAGGAUGAGGAAAUGGACGGCGGCGAUGAUGUGCGGAUGGAUGACGAGGAGGAGGACUCGCCCUCUCGUCCUUCACGGGCGUCUGGGUGGCAGAGGCCAUUCGAGGCUGUCCGUGGACUCUUGAGGUCGCUGAGCAGAAGCCCGGAGAGACAGCUACAUGCUGAGGACGAACAUGAUGAAGACGAUAACAUGGAUGAAACGGAGGACGCAACAAAGCACGAAGAAGAGCAGGAAGAUCAAGAUGAAUACACCCCAAUGUAUCCUGACCUCCCGACAACGCCUUCACCGGCAGGCACGUCUGCAGAACACGACCAACCCGCUGUCCCGCAACCGCAUUUUAAAACUCCCGAGCAGGGCCAACGUCUGCAAUUCAUGACACCGCAAGCCCAGCGCCCUCCGCCAGGCGCGCGCGUCUUCACCCCCCCGCGUACAGCCCUGCGGCCAAGCCUUGGGAAGGCCGCAUAUGAUGGACCCAGGAGGGUGAAGGUCGAGCCCCCGUGGAAGGUCAAGGAUAUCGCGGUUGCUGUAGGCAAGGAAGGAGAUGGAAUGGGGACGGCGAAGGCAGAGGAUGGCUUCGCCCUCAGCCCGAGGAAGAGGGAGAAGGUGGAUGAGGCCGAGAGGAAGGCGAUCCUGGAACGUCGUCGGUCGGCGCUGCACAUGCCGGAUCCGUUCUUCGGCGGCCAGAUACCGGGCGUGAGGAGGGUUGGGAGCGUCUCGCCCGCCAAAGCUCCGGCCAUGCAAGGUGAGCAGCCAGAAAUGAAGAAGGAGGAGGCGAAGGAAGGCGACGAGGACGCGCGGACGUUGUUGGAGAAGGUUAAGGAGGCGAACGAGGAUAUGAACAGGCGCCGCAGCGCGCGGUUCGAGCAGCUGGCGGUCACCCCCAGUCCUGCCAAGAAGGGGAAGGCUAGGUUCAGCCUGAUUGCCCCCGACGCGAUGCCGAUGGCGAACUUCUACCAAGGCGCGCAAGAUGAGGACGAGGAUAUCGCGAUGAGCGACGCUCAGGAGGAUGAGCCUCCGCAGGAGGACGUCGAGCAGGCCGAGCAGCAUGCCCAACCUUCUGACAGCGUUCCACGGACCCCUCGAUUGGAUCUCAGACAUCUAUUCGGCCAGCAACAUCAGCCUGCUUUACAAACUCCGGCCGUCCGAGGCGUGCGCGACUUGUUCGUGCACAAUGCCAUCGUGGGUGAUCCAAGCGCCUCACCGAGGAUGGACGGGGUGAGGAAUAUGUUCUUGCCGGAGAAGGAAAUGCCCUCGGCCGUUCUCGAUGGGGUGGGCGAUAUGAUGGCGACGCCUGAAGGGUGGAAAGCGAACGCCGCUCCUGAGCCCGAGCCAGAACCAGAGGCGGAGCUGGAAGCCGAAACGGCAGGUGACGUUGAAAUGGAAGAAGAGCCACCCGCCUCAAACCCAAGAGCUAGAAAGACCCCUGCGGCGGCGAAGUCCAAGGCGACGCGGAGCACUCAGAUCCCCAAGACUGCCGCGCCGACCAGGAAGAGGGUCGCGCGUACACCUGCUACGGGUGCCUCACAGCUGGCUGAUGACGAGGCCACGCCUCAGACUAGGGGACCAAGCAAGUCCACCGCGGACACUGAUGACGAAGUUGACGUAGCGGGAAAAUCCAAGGCCUCGGUUAAAAAGCCUAGGGUAUUGCGGGGUCGUCGCGUGGCAGACGUUGAGGCGACUGCGUCUACAGAACCUCCGCACAAGCCAGAAGCCAAAGAUUCCUGUGCACCGCAGUUGGAAACGGUCCCAGAAGAUGCGCCCAUGAAGACUUCGAAGGCAACUGCUUCGAAGAGAAAGGCGCCAGCAUCCAAAGCUCGCGGAGCGACCUCUGAGUCCGAGGCUCCAGACCCUGCGGCGCGCAGGACGGUCCGCCGCGGACGGUCCGCUGAUCACGAUGCUACGGCCACAGACUCGGAGGCGGCCCCCUCGAAGACCAAACCCGCACCGCGAACGCGUGGUGCGAAGACGAAACCCAUCGACGUCGACACCGAUGAGUUGGAUUUCAUUGAGAGGCCUACUUCUCCCGAGCACCCUCCUGACGCUAAGUCCAAACCUACCAAGCGCGGUGCCGGGAAAGUGAAGCAGGAAGACAACGACGAUGGAGUCGUGAGGGCUGUGAGGGCCACUGCCACUACCCCCGCCACUAAGGCAAGGAAGACCCCUGCCAGGGGGCGUGCCAAGGAUGCUGCCGCUCCCUCAACAGCGGGUGAGUCUAGUUGUGUCGAGGGGAUCGGGGACAAGGAGAACACACCGGAGUCGGGCAGCACCCCUGCUGAGGAGGCUCCGGCUCCCGCGAAGAAAGGCCGUACAGCAAAGCCUAGGGUGAAGACGGAGGAACCUCCUCAGGAAGUCCCGAAGACUACUAGGGCGACGAGAGCCAGAGCUGCAAAGAAAACGUGAAUCCAGGAUACCCUUGUUAUAUCUAUCUAUGUACCUUCUUGGAUGAACCUGUAUACUGUACCUCCCACUAUGCCCAAACGUUCUUGGUUCCACUUAAAUGCUUCCA